GACAAGCACUAUUCCAAUUAUACCAACCGCAGCCGGCCCCCCCUCUCUCUCUCUCUAUGUAUAAAUAUAUAUAUAUAUUGAAGAGAUGUGUUAACAUAUUCUUACCUACACAUUCAACACUUCAAAGUAGCCAGAAUCAUCACUCCAAAACUCGUCCCAACUCAUUGAUCAAGAAAAGAUCAUGGGAAAAGCCAAGAUUCCCAUACUUCGUCUCCCUUUCCUCAACAAUGUCCAAAUUUGUCGUCCCAAGAAUCCAUUUUCCAUGGUUAAAGCCCCUCCUCCUCCGCCCACCAUCCCUGCCGACUAUUUUUCGCCAUUUAGCUCUACCAUUACACUCCCCAGCUUCGCCGAUCCUCCAUCCACCCCGGACAACCUAUCCAUGAUCAAACACAGGCCAUUGUUGACAAAGACCAGUGAAGUUUCAUCAAAACCUUACACUAAACAUGGGAUAAAAUCUCAAGUGGUUGAUGACUUGCCAUCACAUGAAUACUACUCCAAGACAAGAAAACCGGGGAAAUCCCGAUUCUCUAACUCCACAUUUCCGAGUGAUAAUCUCACAACCAAAACCGAUGUCCUGAAUCAUUUGAAUGGCUCAAAAGAUCCCUCGGAGAUUGUCUCGGAGGAUGAGCCCCUAAACAGAACCCGGAGAUCAUCAAAGCCAAGAAGGUUUAGAUCCCGGAGAUUCAAAGGGUUCGGCUCAAAAGAUUGGGAUGAGGAGACAAAGACAGCACCAGAGCCAAACAGAGUCGAGAAACAAAAACCUGUGUCCCGGCGGGCGACUUCAAGAACAGUAGACAAGAGUGUGAGCCGCGACGAAAGCUUUGUCGUGGUGAAGAGGUCGGAUGAUCCCUACAAGGAUUUCAAGAAGUCGAUGCUUGAUAUGAUCAUAGAGAGACGGAUGUUCGAUCCAAAAGACCUCGAACAGCUCCUGAUGAGCUUCUUGUCUCUCAAUUCAACACAGUAUCACAGAGUUAUUCUGCAAGCCUUUGCCGAGAUUCUCAAUGAAGCGUUCUCCAGCUCGUCGCGUCGAGAGAGAUGAUUCUAUCCUGUUGCAUAUUUUUCUUCCAGUUCCUACAUUCUGGGCUCAGAUUGAUCUAAUGUAGUGAUGUGCUUGUGACUACCAAGAAGUGCAUUAU